AUGUCGAGGAAGCACUUCUUUCCCAACCCUGAGGGCGUGGUCGUCCACAUGCUCCACUCCCUCGUCAAACGCAAUUCCUUCAUGGGCCUGGACGUGACAAAUCGCGUCGUCUACAACACCGCACAUCCUCCGGACCAGGUUACCAUCAUUUCCGGAGGUGGUUCCGGUCACGAGCCCGCUUGGUCUGGCUUCGUUGGCGAUGGUAUGCUGUCUGCCGCUGUCUGCGGCGACAUCUUUGCAUCGCCGAGCACCAAGCAGAUUAUGGCGGGUAUCAGGAACGUUCCCUCGAGCGAGGGGGUUAUUCUAUGUAUCACGAACUACACUGGCGAUAUGCUGCACUUCGGCCUAGCAAGGGAGAAGGGUCAGGCGUUGGGGUACAAGGUUGAUGUCAUUUGUAUGGCUGAGGAUGCGGCUCUGGGGCGAGAGAAGAGCGGAAAGGUUGGGAGAAGAGGACUGGCGGGUAAUCUGCUCGUCAUCAAGUUGUCUGGUGCGGCAAGUCAAAAGGGGUGGGGCUUCCAGCGAGUACGAAAGAUUGGUGAGCUGGGCAACGGACAGUUGGUGACCAUCGGUGCAAGUCUGGACCACUGCCACGUGCCCGGCCGAGAAGCGUUUGAAUCGGUCCCAGAUGAUUCAUAUGUUGUUGGUAUGGGUAUUCACAACGAGCCGGGCCUCCGAACAGUAUCUCCUAUGCCUGCACCGGAAGACAUCAUCAAGGAGAUGCUGACGUACCUCCUCGAUCCCAAAGAUACCGACCGCGCUUUCGUACCUUUCUCGCCGUCUGACUCGAUCGUCAUGCUCGUCAACAAUUUCGGUGGACUGUCAAACCUCGAGUUCGACGCUAUGGUCAACAUUGCCCUGCAAGUGCUCGAAAAAGACUACAACCUCAAGCCCGUCCGGAUCUACGCCGGCGUUCUCGAGACCUCCCUUAACGGCCAAGGCUUCUCUAUCACCCUCGGCAACAUGUCGGGCAUGGCCAAGGGCAUGGAGUUGAGCGAUGAAGAGGUCAUCGAGCUCCUCGAUGCACCCACCAAUGCCCCGGCAUGGCCCAAGAACGGCUACCGUCCCACAAACUACAGCAAAGAAACAGAGGAACUUCGCAACAAGGCCAACGCCGCAUACGAGAGUCAAAGCGGCCGUGACAAGGGCCCUGAAACACCUGCCUCUCUCAUCCCAGCGCUUCGGAAAGCAUGUAAUGAUGCGCUCGCCGCAGAACCCAAGAUCACACAAUAUGACUUGCAAAUGGGCGACGGCGACUGCGGUGAGGCUGUAGCCGGUGUAUGCAAGAAUAUCCUUGCAAACCUCUCCUCUAUCGAAAAGGACCCUCCCGCCGUGCUCGCUCUCCUUGAAAGCGUAGGCGAGAACGUCGAAGACGUCGGCGGCUCCCUCGGCGCCAUCCUCUCCAUCCUCGUCACAGCCUUCACCAAUGCACUCUCGACCGCAACACUGCAAUCCAACGCGCCUCUCUCCAUAGAGACAGUGUCUAAGGCAGCAUCGGUGGCGCUGGAGAAUCUGAAGAACUACACUAGUGCAAGAGAGGGCGAUAGGACCGUGAUGGACGUGCUGAUUCCGUUCAUCGAGACGCUGGCGAAGACAAAAGAUCUGGCGAAGAGUGUCGAGGUUGCGCAGCAGAAGGCUCAGGAUACUGCGACGAUGAAAGCGAAGUUCGGCCGCGCAACUUAUAUCGGUGAUGGGAUGGGCGAGGAUAGGAGCAAGAUCCCGGAUCCGGGGGCGUACGCAGCAGGUGUAUGGCUGAAGGGAUUGGCGGAGGGUUUCAAGGGUGCCUAA